UGGAGGGAAAAGAAAUCCGUCGAUGCGAUCGGCGCGGUUGAUCAAACUGGCCGGGAGUGAAUGCGAACGCAAACCGUCGCCCAAUCAGCUGGGAAGUUUAUCGCGGUUAGCCACAGCGUCGUCGGAGAGCAUUGAGUAGCCGCCUGGAGCGCACUCGCGUGAGCAUAAAUACUUUCUCUCCGUCCCGGCUCCUUCCUCGCUCACCAAACGUUCCUCUCUUCCCCGCCCAACACGAUGGACGGCGCCCUGCGUCGACGGGCAGCGCCGUUGCUUUCUCGCGAUGCGAAUCCAUCUAAUCUCGGCGACUACGAGCCAGGCGAUGUCGCCUUCAUCGUCGUCGCCGGCGCCAUGGUCUCCUUCAUGAUCCCCGGUCUCGCCUUCCUCUACUCCGGCCUCGCGCGGCGCAAGUCCGCCCUCUCGCUCAUCUGGGCCGUCUCCGCCUCCAACGCCGUCGUCAUCUUCCAGUGGUUCUUCUGGGGCUACUCCCUCGCCUUCUCCUCCUCCGCCACCAACGGCUACAUCGGCAACCUCCGCAACUUUGGCCUCCGCAAGGUCGGCGGCGACCCCUCCCCCGGCUCCCCGCUCAUCCCCGAGCUCCUCUACGCCUUCUACCAGAUGGAGUUCGCCUGCGUCACCAUCGGCAUCCUCAUGGGCGGGCUCGCCGAGCGCGGCCGCGUCUUCCCCGCCAUGCUCUUCUCCUUCGCCUGGCUCACCCUCGUCUACUGCCCCCUCGCCUGCUGGGCCUGGAGCACCAACGGCUGGGGCUUCACCUGGGGCGUCCUCGACUACGCCGGCGGCGGGCCCGUCGAGAUCGGCUCCGGCGUCGCGGGGCUCGCCUACUCCUGGGUCCUCGGCCGCCGCCAGGAGAAGGAGCUCCUCAACUUCCGCCCGCAUAACGUUUCCAUGGUCGGGCUCGGCACCUUCAUCCUCUGGUUCGGCUGGCUCGGCUUCAACGGCGGCAGCGCGUUCGGCGCGAACCUGCGCGCCAUCACCGCCGUGUGGAACAGCAUGAUGGCCGCCGCGAUGGCGGGCAUGGUGUGGUGCCUCCUGGACUGGCGCAUCGAGCGCAAGUGGACGAUGGUCGGGUUUUGCUCGGGCACGAUCGCGGGGCUCGUCGCCGCCACGCCCGCGAGCGGGUACAUCCCCGUGUGGGCGGCGAUGGUCAUGGGCAUCGUCGUCGGCGCCGUAUGCAACUACGCCACCAAACUGAAAUUCUUCCUCCGCAUCGACGACGCGCUCGACCUCUUCGCCGAGCACGCCAUCGGCGGCAUCGUCGGGCUGCUCUUCAACGCCUUCUUCGCGACCGCGGACGUGAUCGCGCUCGACGGCGUGAACACGUCCGCCCGCGGCGGGUGGCUCGACCGGAACUGGAAGCAGCUGUACAUCCAGUUCGCGUACGUGUGCGCGACGUGCGCGUACACGUUCGUCGUCACCGCGCUCAUCGCGAAGGCGAUUGACUGCGUGCCCGGCCUCCGGCUGCGCGCGACGGAGACGGCGGAGGCGCUCGGCAUGGACGAGGUCGAGAUCGGAGAAUUCGCCAACGACUACAUCGAGGUCCGCCGCGACUUUUCCGACUGGACGCCCCCGCCCGCCCACUCGUCCGCGCACCAGAACGGGCUCACCAAGACGUCCUCCUCGCCCGCCGACUCAGAAAAACACUUUGCCGCGGGCGACCGCCACGGGCGCCCCGAAACGUCCGUGUACGACUCGCCGCCGCCGCGGCGCCCGCCAUCAAUUGGGAAUGGGGAGGGCAAUGGAAAUGGCGAGCUGGACGGGCCGCAUGGCGUCAAGGGCGAUCGCGGCGGGCUGGGGUCGAUACCGGAGAAGCCGCUCGUGGAGGACGCCUCGUCGCGGAGGGCAGAUUGA